AUGGAUGCAGACCGGGCCGCAAAGGCUCGAAAGCAUCCCCAGACUGCAGCCAACUUCUUUGUCGGUACCAACUCCAGGGUGCCGCGCAUGACGUUGGCGCAGACAACUCACAUCAUUCCCUUGCCAGCACCGCCCACGCCAGGCCUCGCUCCCAGAUCAGGCUUCGUAGCCGCUCGACUUCGAGCCUCGCCCUUUCCGAGCUCGCCUUCACCCUUCACCCCAACAACGCCGCCUCGGUCCGCCGCCAAGGCAGGUGCCAAAGUUUCGAAAGCGAUCGAGCACUUUUCGCGGCCGUCGCCGUUACCGGGCUCAUCAACCAGCACUCCGUUUCCGCCCGGGAGCGAGGUACCCGAGCAGAGACCAGCCGGCUCCAAAACAUUGACGCCCACAAAGUCGAAGGCAGCUGUCGGUCGUGCCGAUUCUGAUGCGUACAUUCGGAACAAGCCGGACAUCCCGACAACGUCACGCCAUCACAUGCAGCCACUCCCUAGCUCGGAGCGUGUUGGGUAUCCUCAGCCCCGUUGGAAAGGUCCCGACAGUCGGCCUGGCCUUUCCGAGACCGCAAACGCUACCUCCAAGAGCGCCGCAAGCGUCGGAGACGUGAAAGGCAGAUCUGCGAACCUUGGCACGGGCACGACAGCAUUGCCAGAUGCUGGGCACAAUGACGAGGUGUCAGCGGCACUCGCCCAAUCCCCCGACCCAUCUUUGAAUCCUCGAUCUACUCUCGUGGCCUCAACAAGCAAGCAGCUGGAUCAGAAUCAGCGCUUCGGGCAUCACUCGACUGUCACACCUUCCUCUCAACAGAUGCCAGCGUCUGCCGAUGACACCCAAGACACACUCGCGCAAAAUAAGCCACCUGCAAACCAAUCGAUAGGCAAGCUUGACGACGCAGUGGGCGCGGCCUUGGUUCCUUUGACUGUGCCUUCAAAUAUCGAGGCAGGAGAGCUACCUCUGACCUCCGUCCAACGCGACGCGCAAGCAUCAACAUCAUCUGCAGCUCUUUUUCCGUUCGAGGACAAUAACUCCGUAGACGAUCUUCUCGAAGCAGGGUAUCUUGACCUCUUCUCCCUGCCCAGCUCAAGUGCAGAGUCUUCCGGCGCGUCUGCUCGACCUGAAGGUGUCGCAGAAGCCUCGACCUCAAUGUCUCCCUACAAAAAGCCACCUGCAAAUAAGUCGCUCGACGGCAACAUCGGAGAUCGAGCUGAUACCCGAGUUGGAGAUCAAGAGCUAGUCUCCGGUCGAACCGUCGAAUCGUCUUGCGUGACAUCCUCUUCGAAGUCGCAAUGGCUCAGUCGAUCAGGAGGCGUGCUAUUCGAUGUGGGCUCCGAAAGCUCUGCAAGACGUAGGCCAGCGGGGGGUCCCGUUUCGCAGUCAAGGAUAGAAGGUCAACGAGCCGGCACAGUCUUGGAGCAAGAUGGCAGCGGCUAUUGGUCCGUACCUCAUCCGUACAAUUCGUCGGAAGCCCUCGCACCACCCGAGGACGACUCAUCUCGUGCAGAGGCUGAUGAGAGACCGCAGGCGAUCAAGGGGUCGUCAAUUGGCCUUGCAACGCCUUCGAUCGCCAGCCGCCCGCAGUCGCUAUCGCAACUUGAGACCCGACCAGUGCCUAAAGAGUUACCAGCGAUCGGGUUUACAGCGAUCGACGGUCCUGAAUCCAGCCCAGUCCAAAAAGACAGAUUUGCAAUAGUCGAUUCCUACGCAGAUCUCGGCCUAGUCGAUCAGUCUGAAUAUGGUGCUUUGUCCCAACAUGCUCGGUCUCCCACAAGGUCCGAUACGCUCGCACUGGGUGGCUCUUCGAAGCAAGAGGAACAGCCGAAUCAUCCAAAGGAGCUCUCCUUGCUCUCUUCCCCACUUCGACAUUGCGGGGACGGUUUUGUCCGGUUGAAUCAGGAAGUCGAUCCUAGUGGCAACCAACGUCUCGACCAGGAAACAAGGCCACUUCGUUCCCCAAGUCAACCUAGUUCCGACUCAUUCGUGCCGUCUCAUGAUCCGGAUAGGAGGACCGCUUCGCAAGCAAUCUCCUCUGCCUCCGAAGACGAUGUCAAGGACGUUCCUGGCGAGACAGCCGCCGAUGCCAACAGUACCGGCAAUCGACGCGCAGCAGACUCGGAUCCCGAGGCAGCGGCUGUCGUUCCAGCCGUAGGCAAGGAAGCAGCUCCAGUCCGACUUCAACUCGAUGCCCAUGCCGAGCUCGAUGCUGACGACGUAGAUGAGGAAGAUGACAGCGAGAGGCAGCUGGCGUUCGAAAGAAUCGCGUCGUGGGUGCGUGAAACUGCCGAAGAUCUCGAGCACGACAACACCGGUGAAUUUCAGUCGCACGACCGACUGGAAGCACCAGUCAUCUCAGCUCGACGUAAGACCCGCGCUUCUCUGCCUCACUGCGAUGCGCCGGACCUUUUGCUGGAUCUUUCGGGCUUGCUAGCCUCAGCGGAACCGGACGAGCUGUCACCGUCGCCAUCAACAAAUUUUUCGAAAGGUUCAUCCAAUCCGAAGCGCAUCCUUGCGAAGACGGCUGACGUCUCGGAGGGGCUGCGCGAUCAAGCACUCACGACCGAAGAAGAAGGACGAGCCUUACCUGGAAUCCAAUCCGAAAGUUCCUUCGUACCACAGCUGCAGAGGUCCUUCUCUCAUCGCUCGCAAAGCCAAAAAGAUCCAUCUAAGCCGCCUCGAAAGGUGCCUGGUCGUCUCCAUAUCCCCUCGCCCCAUCAGAACGUCGACGUCAAGGUCCGGCGACAAAGCCUCGAGCUACUAGCCACAAGGAAGGCAAGAGCAAAGUCUCCGAAGCACGAGCCCGCAGCGCUCGAUCCGUCCUCUCCAGGCCCUCCAAGGAAGCGAUCCAGCCACUUUGACAACGCUUUGCGAACGUGGUCGCAUCCAGCUGACGACGAGGGGCAGUCUCCCGUCCGCCACGACCGGCAGGGCGACCAUGUUGGGCGAAUGGCCAAGCUUUGGGAUGAUACUGGUCAAUCGAGUGAGGAGGAGGAAGUUGCAUCUGUGACCGUGUGCAAGCGCAUGACCCUCAGGCGCAUGUCGGGCUUCACGGUCCACUCCACGCCUCGGCAUGAGACUCCUCCCCUGCCUCUGCCAGGCAAGCUUCUUCGACAGACUGGUGAGGCCUUCAAUCCCCAAGUGGCCGUCGAACAGGUCGAUGCUGGCCUACGAAGCUCACUCGUUUCCGCCUGGCAUCAGGUUGACGCAGGCCCCAGUCGGGUCCAAUCUCAAGCAAGACGAAGUGACGUUGCCACAAAGCGAACCGCUGCUCAGCCAAAGCCCACAUCACCCGACGAAGACAUGGGCCUUGCAUCUCCUCGAUUGCUUGGCGAACCCCAGACAACCCCUACCGGUUUUAAGCCGCAAGCGACCGGGGCUGACUUUGCAGCCGAGUCGAUCGAGGUCUUACGACCCGGCAACAGCGUCACUGGUAGCGCCGUUGAUGGUCACGGGGCCUUGUUGAAGCCGACAACAGCCUCGCACCGCGUCCUCAAGCAGCUGCAGCUCCCGAACACGCGUACAAAGCUUGACAGCAGCAUCAGAUCCGACGUCAGGGGAAGUGACAGCACUCCUUACACCUCCUUCUCGGAAAGAUCGACGCCAAACACGAGCCGUGCGGCUGCUUCGGCGCUGACGGACGAGACGCGCAUCUCGGACCUGGCAAGUUCGCACCCACCGUCUUCAUCCGGCAAAGCUGCUGUUCGAGCGCAUGGGAAUGUCGCGCAGAGUCGGACGGCCUCCAAGCCCACGCUGCUUGGAUCCCAGCUCAAGACUCGGCAAUUUGGCAGAGAGCAUCGUCUGGAUCCCGGCCACCACACUAGCUUGCACGCAGAGCACAGGCGACAGUACGAGCGGGGUCCAGUGCACCUCGGCCGUGAAGAGCCCUUGACUUCAGCUCACCGCCACGAGCAUCAUAUGGACGAAGAUGACUACCCCGCGGACUCGGCGCGAUUCUCGGAAAGGCAGGGCUGCACGGGAGCGCAUCGCUGCACUUGCCGACACGAUCGACAUUUCGACCACAGAAGCCAAGCAUUCCCGGCGUUCGAGAUCAGCUUUCAGAUGCAAGAGCCCAAGAUGGCCCCGCACUGCUCGCCUGGAUCCAUGUUUGAGUUCGGCCUGCGCGUCCUCAUCAAGCCAUGCGGCGACGACGACGCCGCGAACGCCACCUGGCGAGUCCGCCCGCCGUCGGGACUCGAGGUGCAUCCAGGCGCCGAUGCGGGCGGGCGAAGCACAGCGCGCGCAGGCGCGGGCGCUCUUCGGUACGAGCACAGUGACCUCACGCCGUGCGAGAUGAGGCGAGUGCAGCACGAGGCACAGGAGCAGCUGGUGCACACGCUCACCUCGCCGCCGCGGCGCCCCGCCGAUUCUGUGGACCUUGGCGUCGGCGAGACCGAGUGCGGGCUCAGCUCACCUUUCUUGAGCCCAGGCACCAAUCGCGCAUCGACGUCGACGUCCGCACGCCCUCCCUUGCGCAAGAUGAUGCUAGGGUCUUCGCGCGCUGCGUCCAUCACCACAUCGAGAGACGCCGACGAUGCGUCCCGAUCCCUGCGCACGCCGGCAACGUCGGUCUCGCGCCGCGUCGCACCUGUGCUUGCAUCGCCUCUGCCGUACGUCAAGCGUGCGCCACGCACCGCCGUCGCGUCCAGCCGCACGCUUCGCUAG